GUUUUCUUGAGAACUGAGAACUAAUAUUAUUAUUGUUGUAAAUUUACUUUAUAAUUUUAAUUUUCAGUUACCUACUUACCUACCUAUUCAAUAUUUAGUAAAUUAGAAUUAAUUUAAAUUAAAAAUGAGUUUGUCACACACUCGCAGUUUAUUGCAGCACUCGAGCAAAAUUUUGCAACUGAGUAAUGGCCCGAUUUCCAAUAGCAUUCGUGGAUUGACUAUACCAAUUGUAGUAGAACAAACUGGUCGUGGUGAACGUUCUUAUGAUAUAUUUUCUAGACUUCUUAAAGAACGUAUAAUUUGCGUUAUGGGAGAGAUCAAUGAUCAUGUCGCCUCAUUGGUAAUAGCUCAGUUAUUGUUUUUACAAUUUGAAAAUCAAAAAGCCACAAUCAAUAUGUAUAUUAACAGCCCCGGUGGUAGUGUUACAGCUGGUCUAGGCAUUUAUGAUACCAUGAUGUAUAUUAAGCCAGAUGUUUCAACUUGGUGCAUAGGACAAGCUUGUAGUAUGGGAAGUGUUUUACUAGCCGCAGGGGCAAAGGGUAAAAGGCAUGCAUUGCCCCAUUCAAGGAUCAUGAUUCAUCAGCCAUCUGGUGGAAUGCAGGGAAAAGCAUCAGAUAUGAAAAUUGUAACUGAUGAAAUUCUAAGACUUAAAUCAUCUUUAAUUGACAUUUAUGGCAAACACACAGGAAUGCCUGCAGAUAAAAUUUUGAUAGACGAAGUCCAACCAAUGUACUAUUAUAUAUUACGUAAAAAAAAAUGUUAUUCACUUUAUAUAAAGUACUUUAUAUUGUUAUUUCUUUUUCAGUUAUA